AUGCCCAGCAUCGACCUCUCCCCCAUCGCCAUCCCACCCCCAACAACCCUCGCGCAAAUCCGCACCUCCAAGCUCCUCCCCUUCGGCCCCGUCCUCUCCGGCAUAAACAAGCAACCACGCCACGGCAAACUCCACGUCUCCCCCCUCGGCCUCUCCCACGACGAACACGACCUCACCUUCCACGGCGGCCCCGACAAAGCCCUGCACCAGUACUGCUCAGCCCACUACGCCUUCUGGGCGUCGCAGUAUCCCACCCCCGAGAUCGCCGCACGUUUCACCCCCGGCGGUUUCGGCGAGAACCUCGUCGCCGACACCCACGACGAGACCAACAUCUGCAUCGGGGACAUCGUGCGGAUUGGCCCCGCGGGCUCGGAUCUAACAGGCGGGGAGCACGGCUGCGUGUUGGAGGUGAGUCUCCCGCGGCAGCCAUGCUUCAAGCUGAACCAGCGGUUCGGGGUGAAGAAUUUCGCGCCGCGGACGCACGAGGCCGCGAAGACGGGGUGGUAUUACCGCGUGCGUGAGGAGGGGGUGAUCGAGGCCGGGAUGGAGAUCCGGGUUGUGGAGCGGCGAUAUCAGCGCUGGUCGAUUGCGCGGCUGCAUCACUAUGUGCAUCGGGAUAAGGAGGAUGAGAGUGUGGUGCGGGAGCUUAUGGGGAUUGAGGAGAUGGGGGAUGAGUGCAGGGAUGUGUUUCGGGAGCGGUGGCGGAAGAUGCAGGCUGCUAAGAACAAGCCACCGGAGACGUGGAGGGAUGUCACGGUUCAGAGGAAGGUCUUUGAGACGCCGCGGAUUGUCCGGCUUGAGCUUGAAGCCGUCUCCAAGUCCGCGCAGUCCAGUAAGAUACUCCCUGGGAGCAACGCGCUGGUCAGGCUCCCCAACGGCCUGAAACGGGCGUACUCUAUUGUCAGCGGCAACACCGAUUCCCUUGUGCUGGGUGUUGCGCUCGACGACAACAGCCGCGGCGGAUCGAGCUAUAUCCAUGACCGUCUCAAUCGCGGCGAUACGAUUUCCCUCGGUGCCAUCUCGAACACCCUGCCCAUGGACAAGAUGGCCUCGCACCACAUCUUCAUUGCCGGGGGCAUAGGAAUCACGGCAUUCCUAGCCAUGAUGAACCGGAUCAAGGAUAUAAAUCAGACGUUCCACCUGCAUUACGCUGUCCGGACGUCCGGCGAUGUCCCGUUUAUGCCAUUGUUGUCUGAUCUUGGCCUAGGCCAACAUAUCACCAUCUACGACAGAUCCAAGGGUGAGCGCCUGGACAUUGCAACAAUAUUGAAAGGGCGGAUCUGGAACAGCCACGUGUAUGUCUGUGGGCCGCAGCGUAUGAUCGAUGACGUGGUUCAAACGGCUGCGCAUAUCGGCAUGGAUUCCGACGAGGUGCACUACGAGGUCUUUCAGGCUGAAUCAUCGGGGGAUCCGUUCACAGUUGAGGCGAUCGGUCAAGAAAGGAAGGUUGAUUUGCAGGUUGGAGCCGACCAGACGCUCUUGGAGGUCCUGAAAGAUGCUGGCUUUGGUGUUAGUAGUUCGUGUGAGGUGGGCAACUGUGGGACCUGUAGGGUUCCUGUUAAGUGUGGAAGGGUCGAGCAUCGGGGCUCUGCUCUCACUAAAGAUGAACAGAGAUUCGAGAUGUUGGCCUGUGUUUCGAGGGGUGUUGGGCACAUUGUGGUUGAGAUCGACCACUAG